UCAUCCUACGGCCUAUUUCAUAGCGAUCUCCUCCUAGCGUCGUCACUAUGACGGCUCCCCGUCCAAGUAGCGAAUCAGAUUUCUUAUCUGCAAUUUGUCUUUGGAUCACGUGUGCUGCUAGCCACGGUCUAAACACCUAACCGCACAGUCAUCUGGUGCGAAGUUGUGUUGGCUAUCCUGUGACUGAGCAGUGCCGCUAGUGUCACCAAGCGGCGGGAUGCGGAACUAAAGGACUUCGCCCGACCACGCCAGUCGCUGUCUGCCAUGUUGGGGUGUGCUAGUUGCUGAGUUUCCGGAUGUUUGGUGUAGCUUGUAAUAACAGUCACGUGCAGCCGUGGUGACUCUUGACGAUGGCCACAUCGGAUAUCGUUUCGACGCCGGGACCUCGCUCCACAAGUGAUCAGUGAUUUUUAGUUCUCUGCGUGUGCCGUGCAAGUGCGAGGCGAAGAAGAAAUCGCUUGUGCUGUUUGUGUGUCCCGGUUUGUUGUGGUACGUCGUCCUUUGUCUAGUCCGGUGUAAGGAGCCUUCGCGCGGCACCACUGCGUCGCACCUAAUAACAGCAGAAAGUGUGUUUUAACACAACGCCUGGAUGCUAGAGCAAAGUUUCAUGCUGGAUCUUACCCUACGUAUCUUCGGCCACCUCCGCAUACAGCACUACUGCGGUCCACCUCGUGUGCCUCUACGCCGAGCCGUGUUGUUAUUUUGCUUGCCGUGCUUUUGACCCUAGUGGGCGAGUCCAUUACGGUUGUGACGGGGGUGGGCACGUUAUCAGGUGGAAUGCGGAAAGAUCUUCUCAGGUUGCGAUUACGAUUUAGAGCAUAGGAAAAUCAAUUUUUACCCUCUGAAGAUAAAUAAAUUUCAUGCCCCGAUCGAAUAUUAGAAGUGUUUUUUUUGUGUGUGUGGUUUUUAUAUUGCUACUCUCUAGCGUCAGAGAUAUAUACAUAACGGAACUUGCUGUGUAAAGAGAGUUCUGAGAAAUAUUGGAAGAUACUGUUUUGUUUUGAGUGCAGUUUUUAUACUCCGUGAAAACCUGGUUGAGGUUAUGUUGUAACAGUGUGUAAUGAAUGGUAUUGUGCGUUAUUAUGACCCACCCGGGCAACAUAGAUGGAAAUAACCUUUGAGAAGGGGUUCUGACCGUCCGGAAUUUUGUUGUACAGCGUUAUUCGUCAUAAAUGUGUAGUACACCAUUUCUGAUGAGGAUUCAGGCAAACUGAUACGGGGUGCGUUGUGGUGUUGGUGUUAUCGGUAGCUGCUGUGUUGUUUUUCCGUGUUGACUGCGUGACUGGUGCCGUCAAUUCUGGAGCCCUCGCAGCAACUAGAGACGGCGACGGCUCCCCAUGGUUCCUCAAUGGUGCUCGUGAGUGCGGCCUCACCAGUGUCGGCCGCUAUGGACAGCUCGGUGGUGGUGCAAGCUAAGCGCCCCGACUCCUGGGAGACGCAGCAGAUGCUCAUGUUGGUGCAUAAGAAUAAGUCUAAAGCGGCGGGGUCGUCGUCAGGUGGCGACCCGGCGGCCGUGGGGAGCGCGGGCGGCGGCGGCGCGGGCGGCGGCCGGCGCGGCGUGGGCGGCGGCGGCGCGGCGAGGGACCCCGGGGGCGGCGGCGGCGGCGGCGGGGGCGGCAGCGGCGGCCCGCUGUACGGCCGCCUCGUGGCCGAGGACUCGCUCGCCGCCGCCGACAUCCAGGCCAUGCAGGCCUGCAUCCCGCGCUACUUCCGCGACCCCGCGCACGCGCCGCUGCGCAAGCUCUCCGUCGACCUCAUCAAGACCUACAAGCACAUCAACGAGGUGUACUACGCGAAGAAGAAACGACGGGCGCAGCAGACGCAGGGCGAUGACUCUUCGCACAAGAAGGAGCGCAAGCUGUACAACGACGGCUAUGAUGACGACAACCACGAUUACAUCAUCAAGAAUGGCGAGAAGUUCCUCGACCGCUAUGAGAUUGACUCUCUCAUUGGCAAGGGCUCAUUCGGACAGGUUGUCAAAGCGUAUGACCACGAGGAGCAGUGUCAAGUCGCCAUUAAAAUUAUUAAAAAUAAGAAGCCUUUCCUCAAUCAGGCACAGAUCGAGGUAAAGCUGCUGGAAAUGAUGAACAAAGCAGAUGCAGACAACAAGUAUUACAUAGUGAAACUGAAGAGGCACUUCAUGUGGCGCAACCACCUGUGCCUGGUGUUCGAGCUGCUGUCGUACAACCUAUACGACCUGCUACGGAACACAAACUUCCGCGGUGUGUCACUCAACCUGACGCGCAAGUUUGCGCAGCAGCUGUGCACGGCACUGCUUUUCCUGUCAACUCCGGAGCUCAACAUCAUCCACUGUGACCUCAAGCCGGAGAACAUCCUCCUGUGCAACCCCAAGAGGUCCGCCAUCAAGAUCGUGGACUUCGGCAGCUCGUGCCAGCUGGGCCAGAGGAUAUACCAGUACAUCCAGUCUCGGUUCUACCGAUCGCCCGAGGUGCUCCUAGGAAUCCCAUAUGACCUCGCCAUCGACAUGUGGAGCCUCGGUUGCAUUCUGGUCGAGAUGCACACUGGCGAGCCACUCUUCAGUGGAGCCAAUGAGGUGGAUCAAAUGAACAAAAUCGUCGAAGUCCUGGGAAUGCCACCAAAACACCUCCUCGACCAGGCGCACAAAGCGCGCAAGUAUUUUGACAAACUGCCGGGCGACGGGAGCUACGUGCUGCGUAGGCCGAAGGAUGGCCGCAAGUACCGGCCGCCGGGUUCACGCCGGCUACACGACGUGCUCGGCGUGGAGAACGGCGGGCCUGGGGGUCGGAGGCUCGGCGAGCCGGGCCACUCUGUCAGUGACUACCUCAAGUUCAAGGAUCUCAUCCUCCGUAUGCUGGACUUCGACCCGAAGACAAGAGUGACGCCGUACUACGCCCUGCAGCACAACUUCUUCAAGAGGACAGCUGACGAGGGCACCAACACGGGUGGCAGCGGGUCGGCGCCCAACACCGCAGGCGCGAGCAGCUCGGCGGUGUUCGUGCCGCCCCUAGCGGGGCCCCCCGACCCCCACAGGCCCGCCCCGAGUCCUGGCAGCGGAGGCGGUCCGCAGCAAGGUGUCCGGGCGCGGUCAGAUCCGGUGGCGUGUACAGGAGUGGGCGCACCGCCGGGACACCCUCACGUAGUCGCAGCGUGCCCUCCCACGCUGCAGCCGCCCCCGGCGCCCCUCCACCAGCAGCAGCAGCAGCAGCAGCAAGUGCUGCCGAUGGAGUGUGACGGUCCUCCGAUCUCGGGACCCCCCGCGGCGUCGGCGCUGCGCCACUACCAUCCCCGCCACCGUCGAGGCCCGCCGCCGCCUCCUUAUGCGCCCGGCGAGCCGCUGCAAGUCGUGCAGCAGCCACAGCCGCAGCAGCAGCAGGUGGCGGUGGCCUACCACCACCGGGGUGGCGGGUACGGCGCAGGCGUCGCGGCACCGGUGUCGGCGUACCACCGCGGGUUCGUCCCGGCAGCUCUGCCCCCUCCACCCGUCGCGCCUGUCCCGGGACCCGCCGCAGACGACGCGCCGGACCGGGACGACAGCCCGAUGGUUGGCGUGUGCGUCCGGCAGAGCCCGGUCGCCAGCCAUUAACGGCUACUGCUUCUUAGUGCUCGGCCGCCUGCCGCUGCGGCGUAUAUAUUUUUUUUACCGUAGGAAAGAAAAACGGAACUGUAGUUUCCGGAGGACGCGUGCGCCCCGACUGUGGCGUUGGGGAAGGGGAGGGUGGACGAGUCGCUGUGGACUGUGCUCUCCGCCACUCUGUGACUGCAAAAUCGCCUCCCCCUUUUAUUUCCCCGACUUUUGUCCUUUAGGGAAGAAAUUUGCAGCACUGUGGUGACCCCGUAUCAUUUUCCUGGCCCACGUCUCGCGUCUGUCUCCCCUUCCACAUCCUCGCCCUCGAAAGUCUGUGGACGUGCUUUCCUCGGUGUCGUCCUUCCUCGAUGUCCCCCCUCCCUCCACCUCGCCUCUCCUCCUCCGACCGCUUAGCCUCGUCUUGGAAGUGGCUGACCGGCACCCAGUGGGUUGUGGGUGUCACUUCCUCGGGUUUUAUUUCUCCCGCUUUGCUUCCCGUCUCGGAGGGACGGCUGUGGCUCUUCACUUUUACUCGUUCCAUCCCAGAUCGACACCCGCACACUGUGCACUCACGAAUGGCCCGUUUCUGUGCUUGUGGUAAAAUUAUUGCAGGAGACUUGUAGGAGGAUGUGUAGAAGAGGAAAAUAUUAAUACAGCUUAUAAAAUGCCUCAUUACCUUCAGUGUAGGAAUAAUAAGUCAGGAAAAUGUCAAAGAAAGAAACUGUUACCCUUAUGUACUUGACAAAGGCUUUUAUAAACAAAUCAAACUACACACGCUUUAAUUUAUUCCUCGUUUUAAGUGAAGUAUAUUUAAACUUGCUCAGAAGCUUGAAGAAUAUAAUAGGUGUGUUCUGUUGUCUCUGUAGCUUGUGAAACUGGGAAGUGCAUUUGUGAUUUUUUUUUGAGUGCCGCUGUACAGUUUAUUAACAGUUUUGUUAUUUAUACUUUGCUGUUGUACUGUUUAUGUCCUAUGCUCUACCUGCCCAUUUCCCAUUUUCCUCUCCAGUCUGCUUCUGGAAAACUCAGUUAAAAGCACAACAGGCAACUACAUUUACGAGGUCCUCACCGACGAAUUGUUGAGGUAGUCGAUUUCCCAAUUUAGUGCUUUUGUUAAGUACUGUACACAUUUUUUGGAUAAUUGCCACUGUCAACAAAGCGACUGAAUCUCCUUGUCAGAACAGAAAUGAAAUCGCAUGUAUGGAACAUUUCUCGACAAGGAACGAACGCGUUUGGAUGUGAUUGAAUGCUGGACUCUGUUCACUGUAUCUCAAAGCUGUCGCGACAUUUUUAACGUCAUGUCGUCUUCCAAAUCACUGUUUCCACACCCUGCAGAUCCAAAUCCAGGUUUCUUGUUCAUGUGUACUUAAGAAAAUUUACAGGCUCAGUGCUUUUGAAUUUUGACAUUUGUUUUUAGAGUGCCAUGAUAUGCAUUUGCAUGUUGGAAAUAAAGACAGAUUUAAGAGUUA